AUGCCCGCUACCACACAGCCAGUGAUCCAUCUUCCAGACACGCUCCGGCACUGGCCAUGGCCGAGGACCAUCAACCCUCACUAUGAGGAUUGCAAACGCGAGUCAGAGGCUUGGAUUGAGAGCUUCCGUGCUUUCAGUCCCAGGGCGCAGCGGGCAUACAACAGGUGCAACUUCAGCCUGCUGUCCUCCUUGGCCUGGGCAAACUUGAACCGAGAGGGAUGCCGAAUCGGCUGUGACCUGAUGCAUCUCUUCUUUGUGUUUGACGAACACUCGGACCGCAGCAGCGCCGACGAAACCCGCCAGCAAGCCGAGGCCAUUAUGGAUGCCCUUCGUAACCCGCAAAAGGCGCGACCGGCGCACGAGUUUAUUGGCGGCCGGGUUGCUCAAGAAUACUGGCUCAGGGCCAUCCAAUCCACGCCAGCCAGCUUCCAGCGGCGCUUCAUCACGAGCUUCCAGCGCUACACGGAGUCGGUGGUCCAGCAGUCGUCUGACAGGGAGCAGGCCCGGCAAAGGGAUCUCCCGAGUUAUCUCGCGCUGCGGCGAUACACCAUCGGCGCCGAGCCGAGCUUCGUGCUCAAUGCCAUGCACAUGGACUUGCCCGAGCACGUCGUGGCCCAUCCAACGCUCAGGCGUCUGGAGCAUCUCGCCACUGAUAUGAUCAUUAUUGGCAACGAUGUUGUUUCGUACGAUAGGGAACAAAGCCAGCCGGACCAAGCCGAGCACAACAUCAUCUCGGUCGUCAUGGCCGCUCAGCACUGCUCGGUUCAAGAGGCCAUGGACUGGGUCGGCAGGUUCCACGACGAGCUGGUCGACUCCUUCCUGGCCGAGUACAAAUCUUUACCGGAAUUCCCCCAGGAGCAGGAGAGCGAAGCGGUAAACGAGCAUGUUAGGGAGUACGCUAAUGCGCUGGCCAACUGGGUGCGCGCUUCGGAUUGUUGGGGGUUUGAGAGUGAGCGCUAUUUCGGCAAGGACGGGAUGCGCGUGGCAAAGGAGAGGACUGUCGUUCUGCGACCCAAACAGCUGGGCAAGGUCGAGGUUGCCAUUGCCCCGCCGCCUCUGGUCGCGGUGCACGAAGUCCGCCACGAACUGCCUGUGACCACGACGGCUUCCGUUGGGCGACGUAUCUGGGACUUUUUGGGCGCGUUGCUCAAAAGAGCAAACAUUUUCAUUUGA